CCCUUGUCCACAGCACCGUAUGAUCAACCCACAACCAGCCCACCCUUUGUAGCCCAUCACAUGCCCCCCAAACCCAUCAACCCAUCAUCCGAGUGACAAACCCCCAGUGCUUGUCCCACCAAGCCAGAUAUCAUAAACCGAAGAAGCCCCAUCACUGGAUUUCCCCCUGAAACCUUCUCUCCCCUCUCAAACCUUAACCUGAAUCAAACACACCAAUCGACAGCAACAAUGCCCACCCAAUCCCCUCCCAAGCUACGGGUCGCCAUCAUCGGCGCCGGUCCCGCGGGCCUCGCCGCCGCGAUUGAGUUCGCCAAGUUGUCGUUCGUGGAGGCUCGGAUCUACGAACAGGCGCGGGAGCUCCGCGAGAUGGGGGCGGGCACCAGCCUCCACCACAACACCUGGCGGAUGCUGGAUGCGCUGGGGGUGUAUGAGAAUUUUGACGAGAGGGAUCUGUUUCGGCCUGCGGAUGGGCAUUUGGUGCAGCAUCGGUGAGUUUUCAUUUGAUCGGACUUUGAGGGUGCGGGGUUAGGUGAGGGUAAUAGCUGAUGCGGAAGGGUCGGAAUGGGAGGACGGGAGAGUUGUUGCUUUCCACUGGGCAGGAGGCAAGAACCCUGCGCACGGUGCUGCAGAAGACGCUUCUGCGCAGUGUCGAUC